UCGACUCAUGUUUGGUAGCCUAAGGCUUUCAGUGUGGUAAAGAGAUAAUUUUGACAAACUACAGGUCGAAGUUUAUUAACUACAGCUCAAUACCAGGCACCAGAUCAACAAGGCAUCGGGGGCCCUGCAGAUACAAAGAGAAAAAAAGGGAAAAUCUUUGCCAUUGCCGGGACCUUGGGUCAGUUUCUUUUGGUUUUGUUGUGAAUGAAGGCACAGGGUGGCUAGCACAGACUAGUCAUUUAGAUUUAUUCUGGAUUCAUGAGUAUAACCUUCAAUUUACCUGCCUGCACAAGAUCCAGGAGAUCCAAUUUCUCAAAGCUGAACUUUUGGCUAAACCAGAACUGGAUGCUUUAUCCUAAUAAAACAGUGCUGGACUGAUUUGGAUUAUUGUCAGACUGUUGUGUGACAGUGUUCACAUAAUGGGAAAGACCGGUAAGAGCACGGUGGACCUCAACUCUCCUUCGGAUGUGAAGCAGGCAGUCCCAUUUGAAGACCUAGAUCUAAACAAUGUUUCUGUGGAGACGGAGAAGGAUGACAAACUUCCAGACAGAGGAUCCUGGAAGGGCAAAUUUGACUUCCUGUUGUCCUGCGUUGGAUAUGCUAUUGGAUUAGGAAACGUUUGGAGGUUCCCAUAUCUGUGUGGAAAGAAUGGUGGAGGAGCAUUUCUGAUUCCAUACUUCACCACUCUGGUGUUUGCUGGCAUUCCAUUGUUUCUGCUGGAGACGGCAUUAGGACAGUACACUUCAGUAGGGGGGUUAGGGGUAUGGAAGUUAAUACCUAUGAUGAAAGGUGUCGGUCUGGCUUCUGUGGUUUUGUCUUUCUGGCUGAACAUCUACUACAUCGUCAUUAUCGCCUGGGCUUUAUAUUACCUCUUCAGCUCUUUCAAAGCUGAGUUGCCAUGGCAAACUUGUGAUAACUCUUGGAACACUGAGCGCUGCUUUUCCAACUACAGUCUUCUGGACACCACCAACCUGACCAGUGCAGUAAAUGAGUUUUGGGAGAGAAACAUGCAUCAGAUAACAAAUGGUUUGGAUGAACCGGGGGAAUUGCGCUGGCCAUUGGUAGGAACGCUGGCAUUGUCCUGGAUUCUUGUAUAUUUCUCAAUCUGGAAAGGUGUAGAAUGGACCGGGAAGGUGGUGUAUUUCUCUGCUACUUAUCCUUAUUUCAUGCUCUUCAUUCUGUUCUUCCGCGGGGUCACUCUUCCUGGGGCUAAAGAUGGCGUCCUGUUCUACAUCACCCCUGACUUUAACAAGCUUUUAAAAUCAGAGGUGUGGUUGGAUGCCGCCACGCAGAUUUUCUUUUCGUAUGGUCUAGGUUUAGGGUCUCUUAUUGCUCUGGGCAGCUACAACCCCUACAACAAUAACGUUUAUAAAGAUUCUAUCAUUGUGUGCUGUAUAAAUUCCUGCACCAGCAUGUUUGCUGGGAUCGUCAUAUUUUCCAUUGUGGGCUUCAUGUCGUACGUCACAAAGAGACCCAUUGAAGAACUGGCUGCCUCAGGUCCAGGUCUGGCGUUUUUAGCCUAUCCGCAGGCUGUUACCCAACUGCCCAUGUCUUCACUCUGGGCUAUACUCUUUUUUUCAAUGCUCAUGAUGCUUGGGCUGGACAGUCAGUUUUGUACAGUUGAGGGGUUCAUAACUGCUCUGAUGGAUGAAUAUCCCACAGUCCUGAGGAAGAGAAAGAAACUCUUUAUUCUUAUUGUUUGUUUAAUAUCCUUCAUUAUCGGCUUCUCCAACAUAACACAGGGUGGCUUGUACGUGUUCAAAUUGUUUGACUACUACUCAGCAAGUGGAAUGUGUCUCCUGUUCCUGGUUUUCUUUGAGACAAUCUCAAUUUCCUGGUUUUAUGGGGCAGAUAAAUUCUAUGGAAAUAUAGAAGACAUGAUUGGUUAUCGGCCUUGUGGCUUUUGGAAACUCUGCUGGGUUUACUUUACCCCGAUAAUCUGCUUGGGUGUAUUCACGUUCAGCGCCAUUGAAAUGACUCCUUUGACGCUGGGGAAGUAUGUGUACCCUGCUUGGGGUCAGGGCAUUGGGUGGCUCAUGUCUAUGUCCUCUAUGAUUCUUGUACCUGGAUAUGUCAUCUAUAUUUUCUUCACCACCAAAGGCAGCAUCAAGCAGCGUUGGCACAAAAUGACCAGACCUACUGAGCUCAAAACCCAAGACAUCAAUGAUCUCACGCAACAACCCCUACAGACAGGAAGUAUGGGUGAAGCGUCUGUCUGAUAUAAUUUCCUGUUUCCUGUACAAUGGGCAGGAAAGACAGUGACCUGUGGUGAAAUCAGUAUUCCGUUCCAUCUGACUGUUCUUGUUGGAAACCACUUGCUUGUCACUGUUAUCCUGCGUUAAGUCUCCACCCCUCUUUAAAGUUGGCUUGAGCCUCACGUAAAAUGUAUUCCUGGAGAAAGGGAUUUUGUUUACCGUCUAAACUGUUUGUUUUUUUACCUCUCAUGGGGCAUGUGUAUAUUAAUCUGUUUCGGCACAGUGUAAUUAUAGUCAUUUUAAAUGAAUGAUCUUAAUUUGUAAAUAUUCUGAAGAUCUUGUUGUAAAUAGAUCAUGUUAGCAUUCAUUUUACAUGUCAUAUGUGUAACAUACACUGUAAUACACUAUUCAAAGUAUAUCCCAUAUUUAGAAAAGGCUCUCUGGAUAAAAACGCAAAUGGCUUUGGAAGUUAGAUGUGACAUGUAGUACCUUAUAAAACAUGAUUUCCUAAUCAAUGUGACCAACAUGUUUCUUUUUAAAAGUAAUUGGUCUUUCCACACUGAAAGAGAAAAUGCUGUGCAACACAUGAUAUACAACAUAUAUGAUUUUCAUUAUGUGUAUAUGUGGGCCCUGAUCUUUUUUUUCUGGGCGGGGCUUUUAGGACUCAAAACAGAAAUCUAUUAUGUGGAUUACAAAAUUUUAAAUAUUG